UGCCUAACCACAAUGCUAGGAUUUCCGAAUUAUUUGGCGGGGACGAAAGGGAAGCUUGAAUUUAAUUAUUUCCUCACUCGCAGUCAUGAUUACACCAAGAAACUUUAUCCACCUUCCUACUUAUCAGAUUGCAUGUCUUCGUGUUCGAAUUUAGUUCUUUAAGCCUUAAUCGAUACUCAAUCGUUCUCAAAACCUCUGGCUGCCUUUCUUCUAAUUACGUUUUACCCUUGGUUUGGGGUCUGGGAGAUUGGAGUCAAAAGCUUCUCGUCGAAGCCGGAGGAGGACUUCAAUUACGCACUCAAUUCACAGCUUACACAUCACCUACGCGCUCGAUAUUCGGAGCAUUAUUCAUCUAUUUCGCGUAAACGGCUCGAAUUCGAUAUUUACUUUGUACUAAUAUAAUUACUUGGGAUGGAUACUACUAGGCGUUCGUCAAGGGCCGCUCGAGGCAGCCAACCUUUUCCAACUAAUUCACAUCAUUCCUCAGCUUCCUCGAAUUCUUCUGGUCGCGCAGAAAGAUCCACUCGCUCAAAUAAUAAAGUAGAAUCUCCACGAAAAUCCACCCCAUCUGCCUCACUGUCCUCAGAUUCUCCUGACGACGCAACCGCCGCCGAAGAUAGUUCCUCCACACGUCGAAAGCGAGGUCGAGCUGAUGUCAAUGAUAAGAUAUCGAAAGGACAACCAGCCGAUGAAGACACAGUGAUUGGAGUGGACGAGGGAGGUGAGGACGAUGAAGCUGUCCGAUGCAUCUGCGGUUACGAUGAAUAUCCUGGGCCGCCGCAGCUCGAGGACGAUGAUAACAAAAACAAUACAAAAGACGGAAUUGAUGAAUCAGUUAUAACAGCAGCGGAUUUUACAGAAGAUUUGGCUGGUUUCUUCUUGCAAUGCGACGUUUGCAAGGUUUGGCAACACGGCGGAUGCGUUGGAAUCAUGAACGAAGAUACAAGUCCCGAAGAAUACUUUUGCGAACAAUGUCGCAAAGAACUUCACAGAAUUCGCACAGCGCUAAAUGGGUGAGUCCUUUUCUUUUCUCACAAACUUCACAUACAAGCCUGUCUCGAGAGAUUCACUCGAGAUUGUCAGCAUUCACGCGAGACCGUGGCGCAGAUUAAAGUCUUACGAGGCCGAUUGCUUUAAUUGUGCAAGAACCUUGAACAAUUAAAAUUUCCACUCAAGAGAAAAACACUCUCCAUAAUUCUGACACGAUGAACCGCAGACAACGCUACUCGUUAUAUCUUCCCCUUCACCCAAAUCUCUCCAGAACGACAUCUCGAGCGGCUUCCUUCUCAAAAGACGGCACUAGAUCACCGAAAGGUGGCAAGAAUGGUCGUCCCACAUCCAGCUCUACAAGCGCAAAGAGGCGCUCAACGAUGAAUAGCAGAGAUGCUGCGUAUGAUGCAGCUGCUGAAGCAGAACAAAUUCGACAAGCCAUAGCAGCUAGCGUAGCAGAAAAUAACUCCGAAAGUGCUGAUGGUCGGAGUCGCAAGGCAAAACGAAGCCGAAGUUAUAGCGAAGAGUAGGUACAUAGGAUUCUAUUCGUACAAUUGGUUCUAAUUACUUCUAGUAGCAAACAUGAAGGACCCAAAAGGCAGCGUACAGACUCGGCUUCUCCUACCCCUGAGGAUGAGGAAAAACCACAAGAGCCCCUUCAAAGAUCUGUAUCUCAAGCAGAAUCUGAUGACAGCGCUAUCAUAGGAAAUGGUCGAUUUGGAGCAGCUAAGAAGAUUAGGGGAGCGGCAGCUAAAAAUCAUAGAGAAAAAGAAUUAAGGGAAGAACGAGAACGGUCGAGGCUGGAAGCUGCAAAUAAAAGAAAAGGCCGAGCUGAACGUCGAAGGAUUGAAGGUCAGUAACUCAGAUGCAUAAUGACGUAGCAGCAGCUCACAGUCACUCAGAUUCAGAGCCCAUUGAAGAAACUCCGCCGGCGAUAAAACCUCCAAGCAAGAAUUCUGAGGUAGCUACUCAACCUCCAGAUCCCCCUCCAGCAUCACAGGCGAUAGCGCCAGAUACACCUCCUCCAGUUCUACCGCCAGUUUCUCAUAAGAAGGGUGGCAGACCUCCUAACCCUCGGAAGGGCAAGUCGGGCAAGAACCAAUACACUAAAGACAAAGAUGAUAACAGUGUUCGGUCCCCCAACCGAUCUCAAUCUAGGGAUAUUUCACGUACAGACGAUAAUGGACAUAUGACGAAUAGCAAGGGCUCAAACAAUGAGAGUAAAUCCAAUAAAGCAAAGGCAAGCGUAGGAAGCAAAAUUAGCAUGGUCGAGAUGAGGAAACGUGCUGCAAGUAUCCUCGAUUUCAUAUCCCGAACUCAAAUCGAACUGGCUGGCGACCCAUCGAUGCUGCCAAGUGGCAGCGGAGCGGAGAAAUACAUCCGAGGACUUGUCGAAGAAACUCUCCCUAUGAUACGACUUAAUGGCGUAAAUGGCGCAGAUGGAAAACAGGCGGCUGCCGGCGAGAGCCAUUCACCAAAGGAAUUCAAGGAUUUAACAUGUCUAGAAAUGAUGGACAUUCUUACUAGACAAUUGGUUAAAUGGCAAAAGGAGUAUGCAUGAAAUUCGGCAGGUCAAUGAAUGAGGGUCUUAUAUUACUGGGUUUUGGUUUAGGAGUUUAUGUAUAUCAUGGGUUUCGGAUGGCUAUACGGCGCGCAGGGGCAUGUUGAUUUUUAUACCCUACUUUAUGGCUACCUUAGUUAAUGGUAUUGAAAUACUCCCACGACAAGCUGCGUGAGCCAACAACCAAUUGUUUAUGACUCAUGGUAGGAUGUGAGCAGUUCAAUUACCUUAGACAGUGGCUUAUGUUGUACGACCGGCGGUUGGCUGUGUGGUAUUGUGGUCUAUACGGUAUUCAUAAUCCAUCGCGCAUGUGACAAGUGUCGACUGGACUGGCCUUAGAAAGCAAUACUAGUAUUAAUCUUAAGAUUUCCCCACUCCUUGUACGACCAUAACGCGAAUAUGCAGGUGGAUAGGAUAAAUACCAGCUUAGCAAGCAAGUUUUGACUAAUCUCCACGGUACUACCGAUACAAAAGCUAUUCUUCAUGUAUAUAUGGA